UAGUCUAUGUAGAGGAGCCGUUUUAAGCAUUUUUUUUAGUGAAAAAAAGGAGGAGCCGUUUUGAAGAAGCCCUACAUGGCUUCUCCAAAAUGCCUCGGUCUCACCCAAACACACAUACCGUGUCUAGGAAAAAUGUGAAAAUUGUCUCGUUUUUUCCCCCCUCCGCUUUAUCCCCUGCCAUACCGUGUCUAGGAAGGUUGAGAGACAAACGGCGACCAUGGUUGUGGUGGACGCGCUCCACGGGGAUUCGGCGACCGCCGCCGCGGACGAGCUAUUCGGCUCUGAAGGUGAAGGCGAGCGGCUGCGGCAGCGAUGACGAGGAGGAGCUGGAGUGGCUGUCGAACAAGGAUGCGUUCCCGACGGUGGAGACGAUGGAUUCGGCGGGGGCGCGACCGCGACCGCGCAAGAAAGGCGUGCGGCAAUCCCGGGCGGUGGUGGCGUGGAGCGCGGCGGCGAGGCGGCAGUGCCGGCACUGCGGGACAAAGUCGACGCCGCAGUGGCGCGAGGGCCCGAUGGGGCGCCGCACGCUUUGCAACGCGUGCGGAAUAAAGUACAGGGCCGGCCGCCUGCUGCCGGAGUACCGGCCGGCGAAAAGCCCCACUUUCUCCUCGGAGCUGCACUCCAACCGUCAUGACCGCAUCGUCGAGCUGCGCCGCCUCAGAGGGGAGACGGUCCAGACCUCCCUUGCCGCCGCCGGCUACGGCAAGGAGGGGGGACAAGAGCUGGAACGGCUGUCCAACAAGUCCGUGUUCCUGGCGGUGGACACGAUGGCGCCGGCGGGGCAACGGCCGCGGACGAAGGGCUUGCAGCGGCCACGGAGGGUGCUGGCGUGGAGCCCGCCGCCACCGCCUCGGACUCCGGUGCAAGGACGCGUUCCCGGCGGCGGUGGCGCGGACGGAGGGCGUGCGGCGGCUCCGGCGGGUGGAGGCGUGGAAGCCAUCGCGCCGUGGGCUCUGGCAGUGGCGGGACCGCGGCGGAGUCAGGGAGGAAGAGACGGAAUGGCUAUCGAACAACGACGCGUUCCCGGCGGUGGUGACGAUGGCGUGGGCGGCGAUGCGGCCACGGACGAAGGGCGUGCGGUGGGGCAGCGGUUGAAUCAGCCAGGCCCAGGAGGAGGUGAAAUGGCUCUCGACCAAGGACUUCGCGUCCCCUUCGUUGGCGACAAUUGCACGGCCGGCGGCGGGGCCGCGGACAAAGGUCGUCCUGCGGCUGCGGCAGCCCCAUCUGGUGGUGGCGUGGAUCACGCCGCACGCGCCGCCGCGCUUCAGACUCCGGCAUCGGCGGUGGCGCAACGGUGGUGCCAGCACUGUGGGACGGAGAAGACGCCGCGGUGGCGCGAGGGGCCCGAUGGGAGGCGCACGCUGUGCAACGCAUGUGGCCAGCGGUACAAGAAAGGUGGUCUGGUGCCAGAGUACCGGCCGGCGAGCAGCCCGACCUUCUCCCCGACGCGGCACUCCAACCACCGCCGCAUCCUGCAGCAGCUAAGGGCGUCCCCCGUCGUCACCACUGCCACCGCCGCCGUCUUUGAUGCGGGCGACAAGUGAAGGAGGAUCAAGUACUCUGGUCAAUUUUGCUUGAUUGAUUAAUCUGACCUUUUGCUCACGGGUAGUAGUGCUUAACAGCCAUUAAUGGUUAUGAUUAGAAAGAGGAAGGAUGCAGCAACCGUACUGAGGAUGCACAAUUAAUCAAAGAGAAAAGAGAGAAGGGGAGGUGUCUCGUUGUUCUUUUGCAUUUCUUGUUGGUUAUAUAUUCCAACAAGACGGUACAACAGUACAACGAAUGUUCAUCAUCACCGAUUCACCGUUAUGGAUUUGCAAGUAGUAAUAGGGUGUUAUGGUUUGAGGAAUGGGGUUAUGGAAGUGAUUGUUUUGUUUGCAAACUUCUCUUCUCAUCAGUCCUUAAUUCCUUA